CGUCCCGGCUCCUCCCGCCUGCAGCCGCAGUGACAGGCGAGCCGGGCCCGGUGGCGGAAAGAAAGUGCGGGGCCGCCGCGCCGAGCCUGUCCCCGCCGAGGCCGGCUUCCCCGGGCGGCUCGGGUGACAGUGUCGCGGCCGCCGGGCGCAGGGCGGGGCACGCGCCGGGCACAGCCGAGCGGCAGGCGGACGCUUCAGAGAGACGUGGGGAAAAUGGCUGAUGACUUUGGCUUCUUCUCGUCGACGGAGAGCGGGGCCCCCGAGGCGCCCGAGGAGGACCCGGCGGCUGCCUUCCUGGCCCAGCAAGAGAGUGAAAUCGCGGGCAUAGAGAAUGACGAGGGCUUCGGGGCACCUGCUGGCAGCCAGGCGGCCCUCACGCAGCCGGGACCCGCGAAUGGGGCGGGUUCUGAGGACAUGGGGACCACAGUCAAUGGAGAUGUGUAUCAGGAGGCUAACGGUCCAGCUGAUGGCUAUGCUGCAAUUGCCCAGGUCGACAGGCUGACGCAGGAACCCGAGAGCAUCCGCAAAUGGAGAGAGGAGCAGCGGAAACGGCUGCAAGAGCUGGAUGCUGCCUCCAAAGUGAUGGAACAGGAGUGGCGGGAGAAGGCCAAGAAGGACCUGGAGGAAUGGAACCAGCGCCAGAGUGAACAAGUUGAGAAGAACAAGAUCAACAACCGGAUCGCCGACAAAGCAUUCUACCAGCAGCCAGAUGCUGAUAUCAUCGGCUACGUGGCAUCUGAGGAGGCUUUUGUGAAGGAAUCCAAGGAGGAGACCCCAGGCACAGAGUGGGAGAAGGUGGCCCAGCUGUGUGACUUCAACCCCAAGAGCAGCAAGCAGUGCAAAGACGUGUCCCGCCUGCGCUCGGUGCUCAUGUCCCUGAAGCAGACGCCGCUGUCCCGCUAGGAGCCUGCCACCAACAUGGCCGCCAUACAGGGGUCGGGCCGGGCAGAGGAGGAGCAGCUGCUUUGGCCAGGGGGGAAAUGCCUCCAGCAGCUGCUACACAGCCUAUUCCGUUCCUCGCCAUCUCCCGGGGCCGGGAAGGGGAACCCUCACCCCUCUCAACUGUCAUUCCCUCACGGCCCUACGGCCCAGCCCCUCACAUCUCCUCUCAGUCCACAAAAUUGUGACUGUCCCUCCUGAUGUAUUUUUUUUUCUUGGCUUAAAGGGUGUGUUGUUAACUCUU